AUGUCACAACAUUCGAAGAAGGACAAAGACACGAGACAAAGAAAAAAUGUAGACAACAAUUCCCAUAAACAAAAGAACGCCGGUAGCAACAAUAGUUCGUCCUCCAAUUCUUCGACAACGUCCAACUCUGCAAAGACACCAAGUAACAAACAAAAACAACAACAACAGCAACAACACCCCAAAAAAGUUAACAACGGCAAUUUACCUUUAAAUAUGAAACCAACCAACAACAAGAACAACAAACAACUAAAGGAGAAACUUAAGGCCGAACGUGAAGCUUUAGUAUUAUGGAGACAUCCAAUACAAACAUUGUCAUAUUGUAGUUUAGAAAUAAUUGAACUUGUUAAGACUUUAGGAAGAAAAUUAAUUCAAAGAAAAAUUUGGAUUGGUGUAUUUGUACUAUUAGCUAGUUUUAUAGCUAUUUUAUAUCAUGUACCGGGACCUCAUCAAGUCCUCGUGGACUUCUUAAGACACAACACCUGGUUUGUGGUCUAUUGGACCGGGUUGGGUAUACUGUCGUCAGUUGGCUUGGGUACCGGUUUGCAUACGUUUCUGUUGUAUUUGGGUCCACACAUAGCCAGUGUCACAUUGGCGGCAUAUGAAUGUAAUUCAUUGAAUUUUCCAAAGCCACCAUAUCCGGAUGACAUCAUUUGCCCCGAUGAGCCCUACGAAAAGCAAGUGCCAAAUUUAUGGACCAUUAUGUCCAAGGUACGUUUGGAAGCUUUCCUAUGGGGUGCUGGCACUGCCCUAGGAGAAUUGCCACCAUAUUUUAUGGCCAAGGCUGCUCGUCUAUCCGGCUAUGAUCCCGAUGAUGCUGAGGAGUUGGCUGAGUUUGAGGCCCUAAAGGCCAAAAGGAAUCAAAAAGAUUUAAGUCUUAUGGAUCGUGGCAAAUUGUUUAUGGAACGUGUUGUGGAACGUAUUGGUUUCUUUGGCAUUUUGGCGUGUGCUAGUAUUCCCAAUCCUUUGUUCGAUUUGGCCGGCAUCACCUGCGGCCAUUUCCUGGUACCGUUUUGGACUUUCUUUGGUGCCACACUGAUUGGCAAGGCCAUUGUUAAAAUGCACAUCCAAAAGAUCUUCGUGAUUAUUGCCUUUAAUGAAGUACUCAUCGAACGUGCUGUGGACACCUUAUCCGUUAUACCGGUAAUUGGUAGCAAACUGCAGGAACCAUUCAAGGCAUUCUUGAAUAAUCAAAAAAUGCGUUUGCAUCGUCAACGUAAUGCUGCCCCUGCGGAAGCUGGCAAUUUACUAUCGAAAAUCUUUGAAACUUUUGUGAUUGGCAUGGUUUGCUAUUUCGUUGUGUCGAUUAUAAAUUCCCUGGCUCAAAGCUAUCACAAACGCCUGAAUAAACAUAGGACUGCAAGUAAUAGCACUACACCAAUUGCACCGGCACCGACGGCGUCCAAGAAAACAAAAAAGGCUGCACUAAGAGAAUAA